AACAAACCUUCAUUCAUUUGUCAUCAACGUCGUCCACAAAUAACUGUAACAACCUUUCAAGAAAGUUUGCUGCUGAUUUAGUCUUGGCUCUAUUUACCUACCCGGUAAUCCAAGAACGACAGAUCAUUAAUCAUUUAACUUAAAGCCUCCCUCAGUCUCUACCACUUGAAUACUUGAUUCAGGGAACCAAAUCUUUUUGUAGUAAAUGUCUAAUAUCUAUAGCACAGAAGCCGUGGCCAUGGAAACUCCACUUCUUGAUAACCAUAACAAUGGCGAUCAAGAACACAAGCCUGUAAGCACUAUUAAAGAGUUUGGAGAAGAGUCAAAAAGGCUAUGGAAGCUCGCUGGCCCUGCUAUUUUCACUGCUAUAUGUCAAUAUUCGCUUGGCGCACUUACUCAAACUUUUGCAGGCCUUGUCGGUGAGGUUGAACUAGCCGCCGUCUCCGUUGAGAAUUCCGUUAUUGCUGGUCUUGCCUUUGGGGUUAUGUUGGGAAUGGGAAGUGCAUUGGAGACACUGUGUGGGCAAGCAUAUGGUGCGGGCAAGCUGAGAAUGUUGGGUAUAUACAUGCAGAGAUCAUGGGUCAUUUUGUUGACUACUGCAUGCUUAUUGGUUCCUGUUUAUGUUUGGUCUCCUCCUAUUCUAGAGCUCAUUGGAGAGACUACAGAAAUCUCUAAUGCUGCAGGGAAAUUUGCUUUGUGGAUGCUUCCACAACUGUUCGCUUAUGCAAUGAACUUUCCAAUUCAAAAAUUCUUGCAAUCACAGAGGAAAGUGUUUGUAAUGGCAUGGGUAUCAGCUGUAGUACUUGUUUUGCACGCAAUUUUCAGCUGGUUACUGAUUCUGAAGCUUGGAUGGGGCUUAACUGGAGCAGCUAUUACUCUCAACACUUCAUGGUGGCUCAUAGUUAUAGGGCAAUUAUUAUACAUUUUCAUUACCAAAUCAGAUGGCGCUUGGAGUGGAUUCUCAUGGCUUGCAUUUUCUGACUUGUGGGGUUUUGUCAAGCUUUCUUUGGCAUCUGCUAUUAUGUUAUGCUUGGAGUUUUGGUAUUUGAUGAUACUAGUGGUUGUAACGGGUCGUUUGCCUAAUCCUCUCAUACCAGUUGAUGCCAUUUCUAUCUGUAUGAACAUACAAGGAUGGGAUGCAAUGAUUGCACUUGGAUUCAAUGCUGCUAUAAGUGUGAGAGUAUCAAAUGAACUUGGAGCUGGAAAUUCUCGGCUGGCGAAAUUCUCUGUGAUAGUAGUUUCUGUGACAUCCAUAUCAAUAGGAGUUGUUUGUAUGGCUGUGGUUUAUGCAACAAGAGAUUAUUUCCCUUACCUCUUCACUACAAGUGAUGCUGUUGCUAAAGAAACUACUAAACUUGCUGUCUUACUAGGAGUUACCGUACUUCUAAACAGCCUUCAGCCUGUCUUAUCAGGCGUUGCUGUUGGAGCUGGAUGGCAAGCACUUGUCGCAUACAUCAAUAUUGCUUGUUACUACAUUGUUGGAUUGCCGGCGGGCAUCGUCUUGGGUUUCACAUUUUCUUUUGGCGUUGUGGGUAUUUGGUCAGGGAUGAUUGGAGGAAUUUGUUUGCAGACAAUAAUCUUGAUUGUAGUCACUUCAAUAACUAACUGGAAAAGAGAAGCUGAAGAAGCAGAGAGCCGUGUGAAGAAAUGGGGAGGAUCAGCUGGAGAGCAUUGAUCUGAACAGAAAGUUACAAAAUUUCAGAAGAUUAAGGAUGGUGAUUGUUGCUCUUGCGGAGAAGGUGGGAGGCUAACAAAUCAUGUGUUAACUCGUUCAAGUUAGCAGAAAUGAAUUCUUAGAUUGUAGCUAUAAAUUUUUCUUUCUACACUGUUUGCACCAAUCAAGAAUCUUGAUGUAGUGAGAUGGCUCUAAUUAAGUGUAUCGCCUCAGCUGAAGUAACAUCUGCAGCUUUGUAAUUCAGAAAUUGUGAUACAUCAAUUUUGUUGUUUGCAAUAACGGAUUUAUGUUUCUUUUUAUUUAUUAGAUUGUAUCCUUUUGUUAAGUAGAA